AUGUCAGCAUACUGUGCACCGUGUCAAAGGCCCUUCAAGGGUCAGAGAGAGCUAGAUCAGCAUAUACGAGAUUGCUCGGUACACAAGCAACCUACUACGAGACCUUCCCAGCAGGAAACUCCGAUCAAGCCAUAUACAACAAAAAAGGCAGCCUACUGUGGACCGUGUGGAAGGCCGUUCAAGGAACAGCGAUAUCUAGAUCAGCAUAUACAAACAUCUUCGGCACACAGGAAACCUUCCCCUUCUGAAGUCAAACCGGCAAAGCCACAUCCUCUUACAGCGACUGAACGCAAACGCGCACAGCCGCCAAAUGCAAUUGCUCCUGGUUCCGGCGCUCCUCAGAUAACGAUACCUUCCACCAAGAGCGUUCCUCAAAAUGUUGAUUCGCGCUGGUCAGUUACUCCUGGAUCUGAAUCCAGGGCGGUGCUCGAUGCAUUAUCGGCACAUUGCCAUUCGCCUAGGGAACUCGAAGAGAACAACUUUAUCGUCAAACCGUACGAUCCUCUAGAUUGUGUCAAUUUACGGAAAUGCAAACGGUGUAAAAGUGCAGAAUCGAAAGCCAAUGGUCGAGAAUGUAUCUUCCAUUCAGCCAAACGAAACAAAUGGAACCAAAACAGGCCAUACAAAUGUUGCAAUUCAAAGAACAGAGGCUGUCUGACCCUACCAACACACGAUUUCCAACUGUCUCUUCGCGCGAUUAAACACAUAGACUACCGGAAAACACCAGCUCCUUCUGCGGUGGCGAAGUUUCGUGCAGUGGUACUCGACUGUGAAAUGGCAGGGGUUGCUAGCGGUGCGGGUGAAGUGAUUAUGCUCUAUGUUACCGAAUACGUUACUAGCGCAGUACUUCUCAACCGAUAUGUGAACCCGAGUGAGAAGAUAACCCAAAUGCGGUCUUCUAUACAUGGUAUAUCCAAAUCCACGCUCAAUAAUGCUAUUUCGCAAGGACAGACGUUGUCUGGUUGGGAGGGAGCUCGAUCAGAGCUGUGGAAAUAUAUUGACGACAAAACUAUCCUUGUUGGCCAUGCAUUGGAGAACGAUUUGGAUGGUUUGAGGAUGAUCCAUCCACGUGUGGUAGAUUCUGGGAUCUUGUCGAGAAAGGAAGUUGGCGUUCAUUUUCUUGGGGGGAGUUUGGCAGCACUUUGCUCUGAACUUCUCAAUGUUGAAAUCAGGAAGAAUAAGGGGGCCACCCACGACUGUUUGGAAGAUGUUCUAGCCACGCGAGAGGUUGUGUUAUUCUGUACGCAAAACAAGGAAGCGUUUCGUAGUUGGGGUGAAGCUAAGAAAAGCGAAGCCAUGCGCUUGAAAAAAGAACGGGACAUUGCGCGGAAAGAGCAGGAAAGUAAGAAAGCUGAGGCAGACAAAGCGAAGGCCCAGGAAACAAGCUACGACGAGGACGAUGAAAUUUUGCAUUGGUCAGAUAUCGCAGAGGAUAUGGGAUGGCCACAUCCUGAUACUGGAUAUGACCCUUGGUCAGACUAG